AGUACACAUCGAAACGUGUCAGUUAUCAGUACUUUCAGGUAUCAGUAAUUAGUCGAACCACGAAGAAAAAUAAAGCUGUGCGGUUAUGCGUACAAAUUAUUGCGGCAUGCAGAUUGAAAAAGAUCAGUAUCUCAAUUAAAAGUGAAUCAAUAGAGAGAAACCGGAACAGGCUUUAAAGGGCAAACCGUGCGGCAAACGUUACAAAAAUGGAGCAGCAUUGAAAAGUGUAUAAGUAUACCUUAUCGACGUAAUAUCUGCGAACAAAACUUCUGAAGAUGGAUAUGAUAGAUCUGGCCAAGAUCGUUGAUACAAAUAAAUGGAGCAGAAACAACUACCAAAGCAGCAAAUUGCAGGAAGAUCUGUUAAACGACCUACGUUGUCUUCCGCCCAGCGAACAAGAAGGAAGCAAUGUUACGCAGCCGGGACCGUCUUCCGUGAGUGAUCCGUGCGGCGAUCCUCCCACCAGGGGGAGCGACACUAACAAAUACAAUAAAAUUUCAAAACAAUGCGACAUUUGCAAACAAAUCUUUCGCAGAAGACAUGAGUUGAUGGAUCAUUGCGAGAAGGUCCAUAAACGUAGCAUGUACAAAUGUGACCGUUGCGACUAUGAAACCAACCAUAAGAAUCACUUAAAAAGACACGAGAAAAUACACGUAAAAAAACGUCCGACCAAUAGCGGCGACUACGUGUGUACUGAGCCCGGCUGUAACAAGAGAUAUAAGAAUAAGCAUGAUUUCAUAUGCCACAUAAAGAUUUGUCAGUAUAAAAAUAAGAUGAAAAGCAAUAAUAUGGGAACGGGACCGUCCUCAGAGAGUAAUCUAUACUUCAGAAAAAAAAAAGAAAUGUACGAACUUUCUAGACAAUGCAGAAUUUGUGAUCAAAUGUUCCGUAAUAAGAAAAUGUUAAUAGAUCACUCAAUGAAGGUUCACCAACAUUGUGUGCACAUAUGUGAAGACAAAAAGUGCAAUUACGAAACCAACAAACUGCGAGACAUGCAAAAGCACUUUGUAAGAAUGCACACGACUAAUAAAAACUAAGUAUGUAGUGGGACCGGCUGUAACUGGGUGAGAAAAGAUCAGGAGUAGCUAAGGCAACACGUUCACCCUGACAAAUAAAACAAGACGACGCGUUCACUCUGACAAAUAAAAGAAAAGCAGUAUUGAAGACCUACGGCUGUCUUCAGAGAGCGACCUGUACGGCAAACAUUUCAGAAGAAGCCCCAGCAUUGAAAAGCCCAUAAAUAUGCCUCAUAAAUGCAAAAUCUGCAACGGAAUGUCUCUUUUUAAGUAAUAGUUGGAAAAAAUACCUCUUUACAUAUAGAUCUUUACAAACAAUCCAUAUACAACUGCAGCAAUGGUUAACUACGUAUUUAACAAGAAUCAUUUCCAAAGACCCAUUGCACGAAAUCACACGGACACUUAUGGCUAAGUGUGUACUGAGCCUGUCUGUGGAAGUAUAAAUAGUAGGCGGGUCUGAAGACGCACAUACAAUCGUCCUAUCAACCAGAAGAAAAGCAAAGCACAUGGAAAAUUAUGACUACGUGCUUGACAAGAAAAGCUGCUACAAGAAAUUCAAAACUUGAGGAGGAACUGAAGAAACAGGUAAAAUAUGACCUUUCCAAAGACACCUACUAAUGCCGAAAAUAUACUGAAGUAAACUCUAAUUUUUUAAAGCCCGGAAAGCACAGGAACGUGCGGAGAAAUCCAGAGAUUCAAUUUGUGAUAUAUGCUGAGACGACAAUUGUUUGUCCUGUCCGCAAUAAGAUGUAUAACAGCAGAAGAACUAUACUGGAGCACUGUAUACGUAUAUACUUGGAUAACCCUACAUCUGCAGUCUACAGCACGGGAUUCAUCCAGCGACGGUCUUUACGCAGUUAUAUGGAGAAGAGAUAUUCUAAUCCGGUCCUAAUCGAAUAAAAUGAUCAGGUAUCGAGAGCACUUUUGCAACAUUUCUAUAAGAACAAAAGACGAACAAGCUGUCGAGUCGAGUAGAGAAAGAACAAGAAGGACGCGAGGAAGUAGUUUAGUGCGUAAUAUGUUUAUAUACAGUUUAUUUAUACAUACAUGAGAACAUACACAUACACGCUCAACAUACGAGGUCUGGCAAAAGUACGG